GUGAUAGGGUUAUAACGGCGAAAAAUUUGUUUGUUGCAGUACAUGAAACAGUGAAUAGCCCGGCUCUGAAAUAAUAUAAAGAAAAUUAAUUAAAGUUUUGAUUCGUGAUUCCAUUCGUUAAAUUUUAUAUUCGAAAUAAAGCUUGGAGUAAUUUUUCAGCGAUGCGUGUGCCAGUGAUUUCCCCGGGCAUAGAAGCGGCUGAUCCACCUGUUUUAAAGGAUGGACUUCGAAGAUUUCUGGAGUGGUCCGCACAAAAUAAAAAGUUGAAAGAGGCGUCCAAAAGAAAAGAGGAAGAAUUAUCUAAGAUAAUUGAUAGUGAUGAAAGUACGAGUGGUACUUCUAAGGUCCCAAAUGUUGUGGAAGGACCAUCAAAGGAAAACGCAAGUAAAGUAGAUUAUCGAGUAAAUGAACGCUUCCUGGAGGUGGCCUAUUCGGAGAAAUUCGAUAAUUUGGUUCGAUGGUUUACCAAUUCACCAGUUAUUUUUUCAUCGCUUUCUUAUGACAAACGAGUAGCUAAAUAUCUUCAGUCUCCUGCUGAAGAAGAUUCGAUAGUGUCAUCUCUAAAAACUAACUUGAAAGCCAUGCUGGAUGAAUUCCCCGAAUCAGAUGAUGCUGAUUCCCAUUCACAGGAAGAAGAUGAUGACCUCCCAGCGUUGGAUGGUGUUUCGUUUGAAAGCGAUGACAAAGGGGAAUAUGGAAAUGAUUAUCAUAAUGAAGGUGUGGUGCAGGAGGAGAUGUCGGAUACCCAAUCUGAAGCAAUGGGAGAUGUUGACCUAGAUGAUGGAAUUGAGGUUGAUAUGGAUGGAACAAAUAACCAGGAAAAGACCAAAAAAGGCGAUGUUAUUGAUAAAAGGUUAGUAGUUGGAGCUGAGCGGAGCAGUAACUACGCCAAAGUACCAUCAAAACAAGAAUGUCCUCCGGCUACUCAACCGGAUGGUGUUCCGCACGUACCUCUGAUUCCAGUUGAUCCAUUAUUCGAAUGUUUUGGUCAACAUCAUUAUCCAUAUAAUGUAGUGCGACCUUAUUGCCUUCCAGUCGAUUUUCUGCACCCUUACACGCCUUUAAUUCCAACGCUGCAAACACCACAAUAUGUUUUACACUGGCUUCAAUUUAUGCCUAGCGUCGCUAAUAUGGAGGUUUUAACCAAUGAACUGACAUCCAAUCUAAAUCCAAAUGCUUCCCCAUUUGUGAGUCGUAAGGUUGCAAAUUCAACCCCCUCUGUAGAUGUGGUUCCAGAUUCGACCUCUUCAAACCAGUGCGAAGAUCCAUUGGAUCAGAAAGAAGACACAUCAACUGAUAAUCAUGACUGCACACCGUCAAGUGAUACCGCACUUGCAUCUCCGAGUUCAUAUGUGCGUUCACCAUUGCAACUUUCAACGUCGACUCCGUUACCAUCGCCUAAAUCUUUAAUCUUGGAUUUGGAUGCUGUCAUCACUUCAUCACCUCAUCAGAAGGAAGAGGAUCAGUCCCGCAAUGAUGUAAUUCCCUGUGAAGCGUUAUCAGCUUAUAUCUGGGAAACCUGGAAUCAAAUAUGUACUGAAAAUGCUAUUUGGUUUGAGUUGACUCAAAAGGAGGAGGACUCUACAUCACAGUCUCCUUCAGCUGAUUCACCAAGAACCGAAACCAACAGCGAUGAAACCACUCACGAAUGGAAUCCAAAAGUUGGCUCCUUAAUCGCUGAAUGUGUUAAAAAGCUUGAGGCACUGAAAACAACCACAGAAUAAUAAAAUAAUAUAGUAAAAUGCGUAUGGUAUAAUCAUCCUAUUUUAAGUGGAAUCGAAUUGAUUGAGAAGCUGACACAUUUCAGUAAUUGAAUGAAUUCAAGGAAAGAAGAGGGGGUUCUUGACUGAAAUGUGUCGAAAAGAUUUUAGCUCCAAUAGCUAAAUUUUGAGAAUUGGCUUUACUGAUAAAAGCCUAUUCGGUUUCUUUUUUUUUCAAUUUAUUAUAAUAUAUUAUAAUAUUAUUAUAUAAAAUAUCUCUCAACGAUUCAAAAUUCACUUAAAAUGGGACCUGGAAUAUUGUAGAAUAAAUCCAUUUAAAAAACUCCAAAAAAAUUAGAGUCGUUAUAAAGUUAAUAGAGUUCGUCAAAAAGAUGAUUAGAUGUGAUAUCUGUGGUUGGUAUAUGUAAUUUCUGUGAAAAGAAAAAGAGAAAAAGAAGAAAGUAUGUUUUGUUAUUAUAGUUUUCAUCUAAUCAUCUUUUUUUUUAUACAAUUUGUGUUAGCAUUUGGUAAAGAUUCUAUAAACAACUAAUAGGCCUCAUAAUUAACAAUAGUUUGUAGAUACAUUUCUGUGAUAUACAUAUACUUGUAAAUAUUAGAUAAAUGUAAAUAUUAUUGUGUAUUUUUUAGCAGAUUUUAUUAUAUUUCGACUAAUUUUGUGUAAUAGUUCUAAAAAGCAAUAUUAAUGUCAUGUAAUAAUAAAUAUGUAGUUUUUCAUAUACAUGUCGCAGUCUAUGUAGAAAAUACAUAGCAACAUAGAAUUGUUAGUUCGAAUAAUGUUUUAAAUAGAGGCCUAUUAAAAUGAAAAAUGUCUAUG